AAGCUGGUGAAAAUUGCUUGUUUCCUACCUUGUUCCAGCAAAGGGAUUAAGAAAAUGGAAACUCUCCAGAGACAGCAGAGCUGAGGCUGAAAAGGAGCUGUGAGAGUGGAGUUUAGAAGAGACAAAUGGAAAACUUUGGGUAGGAGAAAGGCAGAGCUGGAUAUACUUUUGUAUUUUUGUGUAUUGACUGUUGUCUAACCUGACGCUGUGACAAGCCUCGGUCUGGGAAGGUGAGCUUCACUGAGAAGACUCUAUGGUUUGGGAGAAAAAUCAAAAAAGAGGAUCCUGGAUAAUUCUGCAAAGGAUUAUAUCCCAGAUCAGACAGUAUUUUAGAGGCAUUUCAUACUGUGAAAGAACCUGUGCAUGAGAGACAGGAGAAUGGAAAAACCGAGGAAGAAAUUUAUUGAUCUGGUAGAUAAGGCAAUGGUUGCUGCUAACACAAUGGACCGUGAGGAACUGCUUUUUUCUUACAAGGGGAUUCUCUACCCUGUUACUGUUUGCAGUCCUGAAGUAUUCAGAGCCAUGGAGUCCUUUGAAGCCAGAACUGAUGAUGUCAUUUUGGCAGGAUACCCUAAAUCUGGUACAAACUGGGUAGGUCAGAUCUUAACUGAUCUGGUAGCAACAUUUGAGAAGAAAAAUCAAGAUGAAGAAAACAGUGUGAAUGAGGAAGAACUAGAAGAAUUCCCCUACCUUGAAAUUGGAGAUACUGAGAAAUAUGAGCGAAUGAACAAACUACCUUCUCGAAGAGUUAUAUUUACUCAUCUCCUUCCUGACAAUUUCCCCAGGUCAGUCUUCAAAAAUAAAGCCAAGAUAUUACUGCUGAUUCGCAAUCCGAAAGAUGUAGCUACAUCUUUUUACCAUUUUUCCAAUGGCUUAUCUCCUCUUCCCUCCUAUGAGACCUGGGAUGAUUUCUUCAUAGCUUUCAUGACUGGGAAAAUGCCCUGGGGAUCCUACUUUAAUUACAUUUCUGAAUGGAACAAGCAUGUUAAUGAUGAAAACAUUAUGACCAUAACUUAUGAAGAACUGAAAGAGAAUCGGGCCCUGGGAGUGAAAAAUAUAGCUGCUUUCUUUGGGAUUUCCCUGACUGAAGAAGAGCUUCAGAGUGUUGUAGAGAGGAGCAGUUUCCAGUCUAUGAAGGAGAACUCACUGAAGACCCAUGGGGCGCUGGGCAAUGUUCUCUUUCGUAAAGGUGGUGUAAGUGACUGGAAGAAUCUUUUCAAUGAAGAUCAGAACCAGGAAAUGGACAAAGCAUUUGAAGAACACAUAGCAGGAACUAAACUGGGUACAAAGUUAAAGUAUGAAGUAUACUGCAAAACCUGAAGCAUGAAAUAUACUGCAAAAUCUGAUGUGGUUAGCACAAGAGUUUUCCACUAUGCUCUCUGAUCAUCUGAAUGAUAUAAACUAGAAAACUAGCACAAUAAUAACAACAGGCUUUUGGUUUAAAUGUGAUAUCUUUGGCUUGCUUUGGUUACAUCCAUUUGCUGAAUAAGAUCGUAAUGAAUCAUAUUCAAAUAAACUUAAUAGCCCUGUUGCAGUAGCUAUCACCUGGAAGGAAAUAUACAUUUUCUUUCCAGCCAAACUUAAUCUUUCUAGACUACACAAAUUAUGUAGUAUGUGGAGGUCUUUAUGCAAAAAUGUUUCAGAUCAGGCAAUACCUUUGCAAAAAAGAUCAAUAGCAAAAAUAUGGAUCUGACACAACCUUAAUUAAUGAAGAUGUCAGUCUUCCCCAUGACUUCAUCAUAAAUAGGAUCAAAGCUAGAUGGAGGGAGGAUCAUUUUUAAGGAUUUAAAUUUUUCUGAAUGAAGAUGUUCAAGCUGGAUUUCAGAUUACAGACUGAUGUUAAGAGGCAAGAUACACUUAGAUGCAUUGUUUUUACACCUAAGCACAAAUAAUUAUAUCUUUGUAUCAGAAAAAUUCCCAAAUGUUCUCUUUUUAAUAUUAUAUAAAUUGGCACUUGCUCCACUGAAGACAAUGACUUUUUACCUGUACAAAGGUUAAUAAAAAGCAAAAUCAUGA